CAAAUCCUUGUCCAGUAAUCAUAAACGACAGCACCCAUCCUGACCAGCGCAGAGAAAAGUAUUAGAGAGCUCGUGACGCUUCACCGUCGGUCUGGACUAAAUUUACAUCCGAAUAAUCACACUGAGAAACUUCAAUAGUUUUUGAAUUGAAAAUACACAGUAUUUAUAUUUAUAUUGGAGAAUUAUUAUUUUGACCGCUAAGCUCCACCAGUUUUAAAUGCCACAUUCAACCUAACAAAGAGUUAGAUAAUACUCCAUUUGUGCAUUAUUUGUAUGAUAGGUAAAUAUCACAAUCAAGGCAAUGUGUUUAAAGUUCAAAACCAAAAUUAGGGCUGCGUUUCCCAAAAGCAUCGUGAUCUAAUUUGGUCAUUGGUUGCAAUGGUCUUCAAGAUCCCAGAAAAGCUUUGAGAACAUAUCAUAUUAUUGAAUUGGAUUGGGAUAAAUUGUUUGCUUUUUUAAGUGUAUGUGCCCCCCUAAGUGUAUGUGCUUGUUUUAUUAUCGAAUUAAUUUACAAUAAAUGAAAACCAUUAAAAAGCCUUUCUAGCGUUUAUCCCAUUUCUAUGACUCGUUUCGCUGAGACUCUCGCCCUCUCGUGGCCAAUUACGUCACUGCAUGCGUUUUCAUCCCUGAUUCGACCAAUGAGCGCGUCGCCUCGGAAGCCGUUCUCUUCCUGAUGGCAUGGAAACAGGGGAAGAAAAAUCGAGGUCAAAAUAUUUUGACACGUGACUCGGUAGCGAUUGGUUAUCGAUGCGUCGAGACCCUGACACAUGGCACGGGCAUAUGCGACCAAAGUGGCGUGAUGAAGAAUCAUCCUUGUGCAGAAAAUACGGACGUGCUUUUUGGUUGCCUGUGUCUGUAACCCGCCAUGACUAGUUGUAAACGAAAACCACGUAGUUGUCGUAGUUCACUGUAGAUGAGUUAGGCGUCUGUGUGGGUAGAUGAUGGGUAAUGCAAGUAUUGACGUAAUCUGUAGAGAAACGCUGAUCUAGGGGAGAGUGAGUGCUCCCCCGCAACAACAUCAUCCAAGAAUGAAGGGAUCCUCUGCAUUUAUUUCUCACCGCACAAAACGUGUAUUCAACUACCCGAGUCUGCAAACACACUGCGCUACGCGGAUAUUAUGCUGAAUGUGGCAUUGAAAUGUUUGGUUUUAGAUUCACUGUUCAAUAGCUGUCUGUGCGCAUUAGUUUUAACUGCCUGGCCAUACUGACUUGACCUGAACUAGUUAAAAUUUCCCAAUUGGAAAGGGCGAAGUCUGCACAGCAACAAGAGCCAUGAUUGCGUUGUACACUGCCUAAGCAGCUAUAGCGCGCUUCUGGUCCAAUUGCUGGUGCUUUCUGACUGCAAAAUCUGCCACAGCCGUAGUAAUACCUUGACAACCGGACCCGGGCAUACCGAAAAACAUUUUGACAACUCGACGGCGGGGAUAAUUUUUUCCAAAUCAAUACCUUGAAGUUUGUUGGACAGGUCCUCGGAUAUUCCUGCACGAAAGUUCUCACGCGGGCAAUUAAAAUGAAGUACUGGUGCACUCAGGAGUCUUCAUCAUCAGGAUACGAUGGAGCUCUUGGAAGAGGAUCUCACAUGCCCAAUAUGCUGUUGUCUCUUCGAGGACCCGCGCGUUCUGCCGUGCUCUCACAGCUUCUGCAAGAAGUGUCUCGAGGGCAUCCUGGACGGUAACCGGAGCCCUGCAUGGAGACCACCGUUCAAAUGUCCGACCUGUCGAAAGGAAACCGUGCACAACGGCAUCGCGAGCUUGCAAGUCAAUUACUCAUUACGUGGCAUCGUGGAGAAGUACAACAGGAUUCGAGUGAUGCCGAGGAUGUCUCUCUGUCGAGUUCACAGCGGACAACCGCUCAAUAUCUUCUGCGCCACGGAUCUGAAGCUCAUCUGUGGGUUUUGCGCCACGACAGGUGAUCAUAAAGGACACAAGUUUUGCGCGCUGGAGGAGGCGUACGAACGCGAGAAGCUCGCGUUUGAGGACUUGUUUCGCGUCGUGGAGGGCUGGAGGGGCACGGAGGUGCAUUCGUGCCUGGAAUCGUUAGAGGGAGCUAAGAAGAAAGCGCUGGAGAGGGUAUCGCGGGACGCCGAUCAAGUCUCAGAGUACUUUGACAAACUUCUGCGCACGCUGGGGCACAAACGGAGCGAGAUUCUCUCGGACUUGGAGACUCUGAAGCUUGCGGUAAUGCAGACCUUUGACCCCGAGAUCAACCAGCUGCGCUCGGCUCUAGAGGAGCAGCAGCGCGCUCUUAGCAUCGCCGAAUCUUUUCGUUCGCUCUCCGACCCGCUCACUUUCCUCCAGCAGAUGCAGGACUUCAGAGAAAAGCUGCGUGUCAUUCGGGGGACGCCACUGCCAUCGCGGACUGACGUGGACGUGGGUUUGCUUGGCCUUCAGAGCUUCGAUGUGAAUGAAUGGGACCGGGUGCGUCUUGGAGAGGUGGACAAGCUGUGCGCCCCCUACGAGAGCAGCGCGUACCUGUCUUCGCUGCCCCCUGCUGCCGCUCCGCGCUUCUCCCGGGUGAUGUGGAGAGUUGUUCUGGUGGUAUGUGCGUGUCUCCCCGCGCUGAACUUUCUUCCAUCGGACUGUCUCGCUUUGAGCUUCCAGGAUAAGGUGGUCGCGCUCAGUGGCUUUUCACUGCCCGGUCCUGGAGAGAUUGUGCGCUGGCUCGGGUUCUGCUGGAAAGAAGCGGCUGAGAUUUGCACACUACUAACAGAGCUGUGUCGGAACUGUAUCUUGGACCUGAUAAACACAACAUCAGAUUUCAUCAGCUGAUAUUAUAACUCCGUUCCUUAGGUACUUUUUUAUGUACUACAAUGUGCCAACCUAGAAUAUCCCGUAGAUUUGUAGCAUUGGAAAACGUUAGUUCUUGUCUCCGUUUUUGAAUUUGUAACAAAAUUACAGUUAGCAUUUGUGUGGUAUUAAAUUGCUCUGAUUUUGUCUGUUGGUUUUAAAUGGAAAAACAAAUGUGGAUGGAUGGGAUACCAAUGGGAUAACGUUCCCAAACCUUAAAUUAAAAACAAAUUGCCCUAUUCACUUUAUAGAGCUGAAUAGUUCAUCUCCACAAGUUCAUUUCGAAUACGGGCUGACAGCUUGGUUGAAUAAAUUAUACAGUUUUGUUUAACUAAAAACUAAAAGAAAAAAAGUUAACUAAAAGACAAACUAAAGAAGAGGAACACUUAUUCCGAUACACUGAUAUCUUUUAUCUUCUCUGUGCGACUUAUCUGGAUGCUCAAGGUUAAACGUUACGUAACAGUGUCAGGCUCACAGCAGCACAGUAUUUCGGUUCUUCAGUAAUUCAUUUACAAUGUUUAAAUAGAAUAAACUUGCAUCCUGUUAUAUGUUUUUGUUGCUGCUUUAACUCAUAUUAUUGCGAUAGCAUUUGACAUCAUGGGAACAAUUUGAAAUUUUCAGUGCCUAAACAAAAGUUUUCUUUAACAUGGCUAAUGGAAUGUUUUUUUGUUUUUCUGUUGUUGUUGUGUUUUUGGGGGGAGGGGGGGGGUGCAGUUCUUUUAUAUACUAUUUUAUAUUUCUAUUCAAAGACCAGAGCUCACCAAUGUCUUUGUAAUGUUUACAAUUUCACCCAAGAGAGACAUGAGAUGUGCAAGAUUUAACAGUCAGGACUGUUUAGAAAAAAAAGAGAAAAAAUUGAAGGUAUCCCCGUUUUUCCCACUGUUUAAACAGGAAUCCUGAGAGAUUCUCGGACUACUCUGUUCUGAUAUGACGUCACCGCUGGAGCCCUGCGCACGUCACCGAACAUAUAUUUAGCCGACUGUUGCCAGGCGAAUUGGGGAUGAAAAGUGAAAUUACCUACUUCAACCUUCUUUACCAAAUAAAACCUUACAUAAGAAAAAGUAAAUUGAAUAACAACGAAUUUAUUAAUAAACAUGCAUUUUCUGAAGCCAUGCAUAAUGCAUUGCCGACAAAUAGGAAGCUCAUUCUGAAAUGGCGCCAUGUGUUAUGUAACUCCAAUUCUUCGAUUUUCUCUCUUUUUAACAAAUGUAACAUUGUGUCUUAAUAAUAAUGACACCAUCUUCAAUCUACGCAUACCCUACCUAUCUUGCACCAGUAACUUCAAUAUUAUUUUAAGGAAAAAAGGCAAUCCUUCAACACCAUUUCUUUUUGCUUUAAACGCUUGUUCUUUCUGUGUUUAAUGUUUCUAAUGAUUCAGUUGUUUUAAUAAUUUGUUUGUCAAUACUCGUCUCUUGAAGGACUCUGAACUGAAAAGCUACACUUUGCAUGUUGCUGUUUUUUAUUUGUAAAGUUGAAAAUUGUUAGGGAUAUCCAAAUAAAUUUUCCGUCAUACAUGUAUAAACUAUUUAGUUCUAGCAUUAUGCUUAUUUAUCUUUAAAAUGUGUCAAAUGAAAUACAUGGCAUACCUCGGUAACGUCUUAUUUGAAGCCUCAAAAGUCUUUUGUGUCUGUGUCCACAUAACUAGCAAAAUGUGAAAUGCAUUAGCUUUGUAUUAUUUUCUUACAGCAAACAAGCGUUUGCACAUGAUAUAUACGUCUCCGUUUAAAAAGAACUGAAAUACUCCAGAUACACGAAUUAAUAUAUUCACCGUUUAAAUUUCGAUUAUAAGCCGCAUGUCACGCGGUGCAUCAUGAAAUAAAGCGACAUUGCAUGAUGAUCAAUGAUACAGCAACAGGGAACAUCUGCAAUUAGGUUAUAGUUUGUCAUAUGUUAAAUGUCUCAAAACUCCAGGAAAAAGUGUCAUAUGUUGUCGGGAAAGCAAAUAAAUAAAUAAAUAAAUAAAAUACAUAGUGUAUUUCUAUGAAAAAUUCCAUAUAUUAACCUAAAAAAAUCCUGCAUCUAACAUUUAAGGCACUCGAAAGGGCCGUAAGGAUUUGAGACUUUGAAACUCAUUAUUUUGUCUAUAAAAUAUGGAGCGUGACGAUCAGCAGCUGUAUGCACAGAAAAUUUCGAGAGCUGUAAGAUAAUUUAUCUGGACUAACCUAAAUUGCCCCGACAUAAACACACAUACACACACACACACAAAAAAGACGGACCUUUUUUUCCCCUUGGUACUUCUGUCCGAACACACGUUGACCAGUAACUGUAAUCAAUUCAGGUCAUGCAAAACCAGUCUAAUCACAAUUAAAAUUAAGCACCAAAAAAAACAAAAAACGGUGUAGGCUAUUCUUUAGCGGACAGUAAAAAAAAAGAGAUCUGAAUUAAAUACACUUUCUUACGGCCAUAUAAAGAACAUCUUAUAAGAGGGACUUCUCCAUGCAUAACACCUAAAUAAGUAGGCUAGAAAAAAAAAAAAAAAAGGUAAACGCGGAAAACAGCAUAUAGGUAUUUUGGAUGUGAUUAAAAAAGGUAGGCUAUUUAAUAAAAUACGUCGCUUACAAAUCCGUCUUUAUACCUAUCAAAUCGUGAUAUGUUAAAAAAAUAUAUAUCAAGACAAUUUUAUGCUACGUCCUGAGCAUAUGAUGCAUAGUGACUGCACAAUUUUAUUUAAAAAAACUUUUCCAUUUAAAUUGUUAAAAUGUGUAUGUUUUGCCAUAGCCAAAUAAUAGAUUAAAAUCAGCUCUGUGCACUGUUCCUAUGAUCACAGCUGUGCUGACCAUCUUUAGUUCAUAUCUAAAAGCAUCAUAUGACUAAAAUGAAGCGUCAGAAGAUUAAAUCGACAUGUGUCAGAAGUGGUCGUGUUACGAGUUAAAGGCAACAACGGUUUAAGUGCUGGCCAAUUAAACCAAAAAAUAAAACGUCAUUUCUUUAUUGCCAAGGAUACAAGAUGUGAUAAAAAUCAGAGGAAAAUACACCAUUCAGACAUGAAAAACCAGACGCAUUUCUGCGUAUAAAAGGGUCUCUUAUAAAACUCCCCAAAGUUAUCUGAAAUACAUUCACCCCGGCAAAAUAAUAAAUUAAUAAAUAGGAUGAUAAUUUCUCAAAAUACAAUAUGGCAAGAACAAGAUCAAAUCGUGGUUAUUUAGCCGAGAUGAUUUAGCCUGCUCAUAAUUGGGUCUUUUUGAUUUCAUUUCAUAAAAUGGCGGAAAUUAUUUCAAUGGCAUAUAAGACCCGCAUUGCGAGAUAUAAUUUUUUUUAGACCUUUAUACAAUAUUUUACAAAAAUCAUAACCAUUUUCUAUUGUUUUAUAGCCUAUAGGCACAGUCACGUAGGUUACAUAAUCAACGACCUGUACUGUUAACACGAAAUGACACAAGUCAUACAACUAUCGGGAAUACUGAAAAAAUGACUUUCUCCACACAAGAAUUUCGUUGGGCGAUAAGCUUUUUAAUGUUAUAUAAGAAAGAUAGGCAAAUGUCUCCAGUACAAAACUGGAGACAUUUGCCUCCAUGUUAAUAUGUCGUCUGUUGCAACUACCGGAAUAAUCUUGCGUAUUGGUUAUUAUCUGGAAAAAAAGCUGUUAGUCAAUUUUGUUAGCUCAGUGUAGUCACCAGAAAUAAAGAAUACUUUAAAAGAGACAUGCAUACACGCUACGGGUUCAUCCACCAGAAAAAUAAAACACAUUUCUACAACAGUAUUGAAACACAGCAGAGCAGAAAAGCGACCACAAAAAGUAAAUCUCAAAACCUCAUUUGACAACAGUUGCGCUCCCUGUGAAAAAGUGUUAAAAACAAAAGCUGAACAACAGAUACAUCGACAAACGGUGCACUACGUUAAAAUGAGACAGGUCAGAGGUUUUUUUUUCUCUUUUUAAUACCCUUUUUCAGUUUUAUUAUUUAUUUGCAUUAACAGAAAAUUUAACAGCAGGUUUAGGAAAAUAAUAGUGAUUUCAAUAGUGAAUAUUUAAUGAGAAAACAGAAACAAAAAAAGGAUACAAGGGUAGAAUUAUAUUUUUUAAAAAAGGAAAACAAACAAUGUUUACAUAAACAUAUUUUUUUUCAUGAACAUUAUAAAGAAAAAAAAAAACCAAUAAAAAAAAAAGAAAAAAAAAAAAG